AUGGGCGGCAUGAAACGUCAAAGGGCGUUUUCGUUGCGCACUCAGCUGUUCAACAAACAGCUGCACAAUAAAUUUCAACAGGACUACGAGGUUGAGGAACCAGCGGAAGAAUUCGAUAUGGAUCUGGACCGAGCCGAGCGCAGCCUGUCCAUCGCCGAUACUGGGAGUCGAUUCAUAGAUUGGAUACUUCGGAGAAACAGAAAUCAGCACACUAAAGCUGGCAGAAUAAUACCGGUAAGCUUGGACCAUUCAGAUGCAGCUUUCCGUGCACUCGCCGGCGACUACGGAGAUAAGCUAAUUGAUGAAAGAAGUCAGAGGCCUUACAAGGAUAAUGUCAUCACGUCGUCGCGGUACACAAUAUACACAUUUCUGCCGCGACAAUUGUAUGCUCAGUUUUCCAGGCUCGCUAAUUCAUACUUUCUACUUGUGGCGAUCUUGCAGAUGAUCCCGGGCUGGUCCACAACGGGUACGUACACCACUAUCGUUCCGCUUCUGAUCUUUAUGAGUAUCUCGAUGUGUCGUGAAGCUUGGGACGACUUUCGCAGACACAAACUUGACCGGGAGGAAAACAACAAACCCGUGAAAAUUCUUGUUCGGGACCCUGACGCCAACGGACAAGUCUCAACAGCAAUCACCGGCGACAUUACAAGACCAAAUAGCCUGUACUCCCUUCCGCAGUGGCAGCAAAGCGCUACUUCAACAAGCGCAUUAAAUGCUUUUACCUCCGGUCUUUCCGAAGAGGAUGGCUCUUUAUCGUCUGCAACCGCGCCCUUCACGAAUUGGGAAGCUUUAAAGCGUUCGUACGGGAUAUACAUCGUAGAAAAACAGUGGAAGGACGUUAAAGUUGGAGACUACGUGCUUUUAAAUCAAGACGACUGGGUUCCCGCUGAUUUACUUCUUCUUACAUGUGAUGCAGAAAACAGCGACUGCUUCGUGGAAACCAUGGCACUCGAUGGUGAGACGAAUCUCAAGAACAAACAACCUCUAAGGGAAAUUAGCGACCAAAUGGAAACCAUCGCUGGUUUGGCUAGCUUCAAGGCCAGAAUAACUGUAGAAGAUCCUAACAUUGAUCUGCAUAAUUUCGAGGGUAAUCUAGAGUUGCUCGAUCAGACGAGGAAAACCACAAUUGGGCCCGAUAAUGUUAUUUACCGUGGGAGUAUAAUCAGAAAUACCCAAAAUGCUAUCGGAAUGGUGAUCUUUACCGGAGAGGAAACUAAGAUUCGCAUGAAUGCGAUAAAAAACCCAAGAAUCAAAGCACCUAAAUUACAAAAAGCCAUCAACAUGAUUGUCCUGUUUAUGGUCUUUGUCGUUGCUUCGAUGGCUUUACUAUCGUUCAUGGCUCAAAGAAUUUUGAAAAGGAAAUGGAUUGAUAACAACAAUGCCUGGUAUCUCUUUCAACAGGAUGCCGGUGUUGCACCAACCGUGAUGUCGUUCAUUAUAAUGUACAAUACCUUGAUUCCUUUGUCUUUGUAUGUCACAAUGGAGAUCAUCAAAGCGAUGCAAAGUAAAUUAAUGGAAUGGGACAUAGACAUGUAUCACGCUGCGUCCAAUACGCCUUGUGAGUCACGCACUGCAACAAUUCUUGAAGAGUUGGGACAAGUGUCAUACAUUUUCAGUGAUAAAACUGGUACUCUUACCGAUAACAAGAUGGUGUUCAGAGCGCUUUCAAUCUGCGGCGCUUCCUGGGUUCAUGACGUGGACCAAAAUUCAAAUACCUUGAGUACAACCGAAUCAAAUGAAAGUAAGAAUAUCGAUGUGGUCUCUGUGGAUGAUAGAAGUUUCCUCGAAAACUUCCGACCUGCAGAUUCGAGUUCAGUCAUUUCUAGGAAGACGUCCAUUGAGUACAAGGGAAACAGCUCUGCUACAUAUACCGGCAGACCGAGCAUGGCAUCUCGAAAACACGUAGGCGAUGAUAAACGCAAAAGUACAAGCCGUUCGAAUCAAGGCAAGAGUCAUACAGCAGUCGAGGAACCAAGGUCAUCUCACGAUCUUAUUUCUUACAUUCAGAGGAACGCCAACACCUAUUACAGCAAGAAAGCCAAAUUUUUCAUCAUAGCUUUAGCACUUUGCCACUCGUGCUUACCGAGAAAGGCGUCAGAUUCAGAUGAAGAAGACUGCGUUGAGUAUCAGGCUUCUUCUCCAGAUGAGCUGGCACUUGUCACUGCUGCGCGGGAUAUGGGGUUUGCCGUACUCAAUAGAAAUGGUUCCGUGUUAACAGUAAAGUCAUACCCGAAUGGGUUUGAUGCGGAUCCGCUCAUCGAAGAUUACGAAGUACUGAAUUUUAUUGACUUCACUUCAGACCGAAAGAGAAUGUCAGUUCUGGUGCGCAUGCCCCAGGAGCCAAAUCGAAUUCUUUUGAUUUGUAAGGGAGCUGAUAAUGUGAUUCUCGAACGCUUACACAAUAGUGUAUUGGCAAAUCAAAAGAUCAUGGAGCUUCAGGAGUCCACCAAUGAGCGCAAGACCGCGGAAGCUGACCUUAUUUUGAAGCAAAGAAAAUCUUUGGAAACCACUGAUCAUGUUAGAUCAAGUAAUUCUUUGAGACGAAGAUCGUCUCAGAGGCCAAGUAUGGUGAGAAUGUCUCUACAAGCAGCGAGGAAGAGCUUGUCUAGAAAGAGCUUAUCGCGGAAAAGCUUGGGAAAUAACGACCCGGAGGUCCAGUUCAAUUCCAUUGAUGAUUUUUUGAAUGACGUCGAAAGAGCAGACAGUGAAGUUCAGGAUAUCUACGCCAAGAGCCGCAAAUCGCUUCAAAAGCAGCAACGGGAACGUUAUAGCGUUAAUAUACAAAAUUCGACAGGGUCUGGCUCUUCCGACUUGUCAUCCGACUUUCUAGCAGUUACGCCACCAGAUGUUACAGGGGAUGUGAGGGAGGACGAUUUAGAGGACUAUAUUGGAAAUGAGACGCUACUUAAAAACGAAGGUUACGUUCUUGAACGCACGCUACAAGCGAUCGAUGAAUUCUCUACCAAUGGUCUCCGUACCCUUCUUUACAGCUACAAAUGGCUUGAUAUCUCUACUUAUGAAAAGUGGGCAAAUGAUUAUAAUUCUGCGAAAACAUCAUUGGAACGAAGGAAGGAGAAGAUGCACUCUGUUGGCGAGGAGGUAGAAACAUCACUGAAUUUGCUGGGCGUAACUGCAAUUGAAGACAAACUGCAGGAAGGAGUCGCUGACGCGAUUAACAAAAUCAGAAGAGCUGGAAUCAAGAUGUGGAUGUUGACCGGUGACAAGCGCGAGACAGCGAUCAAUAUCGGGUACUCUUGUAACUUGAUUCACGAUUAUUCAACGGUGGUAAUUUUGUCUGCAGAAGAUGAAAACAUGUCUUCGAAACUCACAGCGCUGACACAAGAAAUUGAAAGAGGAAAUGUUGCACAUUGCGUGGUAGUAAUUGACGGAACGACUCUUGCUCAUUUCGAGACAAACCCUACAUUAAUGUCUGUCUUUGUGGAGCUCUGCACUAAAACCGACUCAGUCAUCUGUUGCAGGGCCUCCCCUUCACAAAAAGCUCUGAUGGUGACCCACAUACGAAAAACCGACAAGAACCUAGUCACUUUAGCGAUUGGCGAUGGCGCAAAUGAUAUUGCCAUGAUUCAGUCUGCCGACAUUGGCGUUGGAAUUGCUGGAAAAGAGGGAUUACAAGCAUCAAGGUCGUCGGAUUACUCAAUUGGACAGUUCAGGUUUCUUCUUAAGCUGCUACUAGUACAUGGACGUUACAAUUACGUUCGCACAUCGAAGUUCGUCCUCUGUACAUUUUACAAGGAGUUACUUUUCUACGUUACUCAAAUGAUUUAUCAGAAAAACACUCUUUUUUCAGGUACGUCACUUUACGAGCCCUGGUCCCUGUCAAUGUUCAACACUCUAUUCACUUCAUUACCUGUUUUAUGCAUCGGCAUGUUUGAAAAAGAUCUGAAGCCUGUUACAUUGUUGGCUAUCCCAGAGCUCUAUUCAUCAGGACGGCUAUCUGAGAGCUUCAACCUCAGGGUGUUUCUCUUCUGGAUGUUCGAGGCAGCUUUAAAUUCAGCGGUGAUAUCGUUUCUGAACUGGAAAAUAUGGGCUGGGUCGUCGCUAUCCGAUAACACCAUUUACCCGAUUGGUGUUAUUAACUUCACCGCUAUCGUAACGCUUGUGAAUGUUAAAUGUCAACUAUUAGAGACCCACAAUCGAAAUUUUCUAGCCUUCGGGUCCCUGAUUAUCUCUGUCGGAGGUUGGCUUCUGUGGUGUUGCUUACUGCCCGGCCUUUACUCAACUGAUGGACCUUAUGACGUUUUAGUGGGACUAUAUCAUCAGUUCGGUGACGACGUGACAUUUUGGUGUUCUUGCCUUGUCCUGGUUUUGCUGCCCCUGAUUAUAGAUAUUGUCAUCAAAGCUCUCAAAAUCAUGCUCAGGCCUUCCAAUUCCGAAAUCUUUAUGGAAUUGGAACAAAAGGAUGAAGUGCGCAAGAAAUUGGAGUUAAAGGCGUUCAAUGAAUUAAAGCAAGGUUGGACCUGGGACAAAGAUCCCAGCACGCUUACAAGAUACACAGAUAGAGUUCUUCAUCGCGGUAACGGGACCCUGGAGACUGAUGCUAGCGGGAAUCACACGCGAUCAAGAAAAAACACGAUACCUAGCGCGACCGAACUUCCAGCUGGCUCGUCAAGCAAAGUUUCGGUGCGCAGUGGUGUUACUUUCAACCCUGAAGAAUAUGAAAUGCUGCCAAGCGGCAAGUUAAUCAAGCGUCGGAAAGGCGGCGACAGCCAAGAGGGAGGCUCUGAGGCUUUCAGCCAAAAAAUCAGCAAGAAACUAAGAUUUAAACUCAAAAGUCAUGACGAUGAAGACGUGGAUGCCAUAAUCGCAGAACGUCUGAGAGAUUUAGAAUAA